AUGGGCUCUUCAUUAUUCUGGUUUGAUAACUGGUCUGGUCUAGGCCCAUUAUAUUUCAUUGUCCCUCCUGAAUUUCAGUGUAAUGAAGCCAUAGAGAAUGUUUCUGAUGUAGUUACAGAUGGUAGGUGGCAUGUGCCUGCCAUCAGAAACAAUUUGCCUGAGGAUUUGGCUGAAUACAUCUUGACUGAGGUAAAGCCACCUGCUAAACCUGGAGGGAUUGACAAGCCUUGGUGGAUGUUGGAGAAAAAUGGAGAAUUUAGUGUCAAAUCUGCAUGGGAAUAUAUAAGGAGCAGAGGUGAAAAGAAGGAGGUGUACAAGAAAAUUUGGGUCAAGGGAUUGCCAUUCAAGAUAGCUUUUCUGAUGUGGAGAGUAUGGCAUUUCAAAGUCCCUCUUGAUGAUGUAGUAAAGAGUUGGGGAUAUCAUAUGCCUUCCAGGUACUCUUGUUGUGUAGAACCAAAGGAAGAGACUGUCCCUCACAUAUUCUUGAGAAGUGCCACUGCACAAGCAACAUGGACAUAUUUUUGUGCAGCAGAUGGAAUAAAUGUUGAUGGUAUGCACUUGCAUCAGGUGAUCAUGCAAUGGUGGACAGCUGAUGUUCCAUGUAGACUUCAGAAUAUUUUCUAUGCUAUCCCAUCUAUCAUAGUUUGGCAGCUUUGGAAGAAAAGAAAUGGAGAUAAGCAUAGGGACAAGGUGUCAACUAGCAGAGUUAUUUAUCAGGCUUCUACUGAUGUUCAGCAGUUGGUGAGAAGUAGGAAGCCUGGAAUCAAAACAAUUCCACAUAGAUGGCAUGACAUUCUAAAGAUUUUGGAACAGUUUGUGCCAAAACUACAAGUCACCAAGGUCAUGUGGAAAUUUCCACCUAGGGGUGUUUGGAAGUGCAACACGGAUGGGGAAACUAGAGAGGCUAGGAGAAUGGGAGAGUGUACAAAUACUGAAUCUGAGGCUCAAGCACUUCUGCAGGCUGCAAGAUAUUGCUUGUCCAAACAUGUCUAUUCCUUCAUUCUGGAAACUGCCUCUUUAUUAUUAAAGAAUAUCUUGGAUAGAGAGUGGAAACCUCCAUGGAACAUUACAUUUGAGGUUGAGGAGUUGCUAGAUAUCAUGGACCAUGCAGAGAGGUCAACUCAUUUGCAGAACUGGAUUCAAAGGGAGGAAAGAUUCUUAAUAGUGACAAGCUGCAGUGUUCCUAUUGAAGAAUCAGAACAAAAAGAAAAUAUUAAGGAUGGAGCCUGGUUACAAAAUUUGUUGUGGGAACAAGAAGUGGUUCAAUGGAGAGGAGAUCAAUGCUACUUUGAUUCUUGCACAGAACAUGAUAAGUAUGCAUUUUUAUCAGUGUACCAAGGGCCAAUAUUCCUGGUUUUUUAUGGAUUCACAUGUGGAAAUCCUGGAGAACCUGAUACCUUUGAUAGUUGUAGUAUGGAAAUUGCAAAAGAAUUGCACACAUGA